AUGAGUGCAUGGGACGCAGAUGAUUAUGAUGAUUCGAGAUGGGCCAAUGAAAAGGUUGGUGUAGACGACGAUGAUGUUGCCGAAGCAUGGGAUGCCGAGGAAGAAGACACUCCAAAGACAGAGACACCAGCAUCACAACCAUCAAAGCCAGCACCCAAAUCAAAGCAAACCCUGAAAAAGCUGAUCGAAGCCCGUGAAAAGGCAGAGGCAACCGAAGGUGAGGUCCACGAAAUGGAUCCAUACUUGGAAAAGAAGAGAAAACAAGAAUUACAAGAGGCUGCCGACUUGGAGAACUCUAGAACUCUUUUCGGUAACUUGGCUGUCGCCAAGGAUACCACUCAAUCUCCAUUAGACACAAUGGAUCCAAAGACAGAGAAAGAAUUCGAACAAUAUGCCGCUUCCGUUUCAACCUAUAUCACAAAGCAUGAGAAAUCAUAUCAUUAUCCACAUUUAUUAAAGACAGUUUUGAAAAAUGCAACUCAGAAUAUGGGUUCUAAAGAAUUGAACGAAAUCGUCAAGUCACUCACUGUCAUCGUCAACGAAAAGAUUAAGGAUGAAAAGAAUGCUGCUGGUGGAAAGAAGAAGACAACAAAGGCUGCUGCCACCAAGAAAACACUUCAAGUCGAUAAUGAAAUGAAUUAUGAAGAUUUCGGUGAUGAUGAUUUUAUGUAA